AUGGCGGAAGGCCUGGUGUCUGUGCUGAGUGAGGAGUCAGUCGCAGCGAAGAUUGCGCUCGAAGAUCUUGUGCUCUCCGAUAAUGCCAUUACUACCGCAUCGCUCGCGCGAUUGGCACCGGUCAUUGUUCUGGCGAGGUACAGUCUCAAAACCUUGAAUCUUGCAAACAACAACAUCAAAGUCGAGACCGAUGAAGAAGCGGCCGAAUGGGAGCAAUUCUUGCGCGCGUUUCGAGGCUGCUACAAGCUGCGCCGGCUGGACCUGAGUGGCAACCCCGAGCUUGGUGCAAAAGCGAUGGAAAUCUUUGCCCGUGUGCACAUGGCCGAACGACACAUCACUCCUAUGCCCGCUGGCGGCGAGACAUCGGUGGUAUCCUUGGCAGAAGAGAUGAGUGAAAAGGCAGAAGUGGACACGACGACCGAAAUGACAGCUGAUGGUGAGUCUACCAACAACCUUAUGGCCCAAGGGACUGUACUUAAGCGGCGAUGCGGCCUGCGGUCGAUUCCCUACAUCACGCUCAACAACGUCGGCUUGACAGACCGUGGGGCAAUGUUUCUGUCAUACGUUCUGGAGGAACACUACUAUCCGAGUCAACUCAUCGAUGACCUCAAUGCAGCGCUGCCAGGAUCGAACAUUGCAGCCUAUCAACAGGACACGAACUUCAGCGGCAUCGACUGGGACGAGCGCGAGCCGGGCUUGGGCCGGGAUGGUCUUCACCUUCUGAAGAAGACAGAGCUUUUCAGGCGACAGACUAUGCUCGAAGACGACCAUGGCACGCUCGCCUCUUUGGAGCUGACUACCCACACGUCUCACGGGAGCGAGAAUCACCCGCCAAAUGGAUCUAUCCGAGGGUCCGUCGACCGGCGACAUUCGAGAGCACUUCCCGGUGACCGCCGCACAAGUAUUCGCUCCAUCAGGACUGCUGAUGGCGGAGAACAUGAGCUCUCAGACCUUGAGAGCGCUCGCAGGCGACUUCAGCGCUUCAUUAUCGCCGCCGAUGGAGCGAACAUUGUUGAUCUCUGGCGCACGGGUCUACGACUGGUGACGUCGUCCAGGGUGCUCAGUGGGAUCGGUCCACUAUCCCGCAAUUUACAGAGACUCUACUACUCUGGUCCACCACGAUUCGACUUCGCUCAAUCUGGUACUGGAAAGAGUGUUGCAGCUCGUCCAGUCACGCCCAAUCCUCCUGCGAUCCAGGUCACUCCAUCUUUUGACAGCGGCCUGAGCUCGCCCUUCACACAGACGAGAAAACCUAGCCGCACUUCGACAACAAGCUCUGCACCUGGAUUGGCUCCCGACGUAUCAGAGCAACCCUUGACAGAUGUUACCAACACUCCGGAAACUCCCAAACGCAACUUCAAGCCACAUCGUAAAGGCGCCUUUAGCGACGGUAGCGACCUACACGCCGUGACUCAGAAGCUUGACAUUCUACUCGUACACUCUCACGAUCCCCAACGCUUCGUACGAUGGCAAGAGGAGCGAGUCGCCGCGGACCCGGAUGCCAAGCGGGCGUUCCGGGACACGAGAGUGCCCAGCCACUUGCCGGGUAGCUUGAGGGAUCGCAUUGCCGAGAUCAGCGUCUCGGAGAACGAAGUGGCCUUGCUGUCCGAGCAACAGCGUCAGGAUGCCAUCCAGUGGGGACGGACCAGGAGGAACUUCGAGACGGAAAAGGAGUGGAGGAAGAUGGCGGAUAGUGCGCAGGUCUGGACGUUGCUGGAGAGUAUUGGAUGCUUGGACUAUCACAGAGGCGAGUAG